AGCUGCGGGAUCACGAAUCCCAAACUGAGGCGGAUAAUGCCCACACGGCCGGGACUUCAAAUCCCCAAUUUCCCACAACGCAUUGUCAAGUUGCGCCGUCGACGGAACUACAAUUACCGACGGUGUCUAUCGGCAAUCCGCUUCCAGUAACGUCAUUUGCAGAUAGCCGCCAAUCGCCGUUGCAUUUCGUAGCAUCGGCGCCUGCUCAAAACGUUCAGUACGUCACAUCUAAUGGCAUGCCAUUGCCACACAAUAUAUAUGCGUAUUCAGCCACACCUAACAGUGAUGUCAUUUCUGCGAACUGCAAUGCGUCCGCUCACGCCAACGUGGGUCCUGUAGCAACACAGUCGCCUUACCUGCCUAGGCAAAUGCAGGCCUUGCCGGAUUUCUGUGGGAAAGCAGAAGACUGGCCGAUAUUCUACACUGCGUUCACAGAAUCGACUGCAGUCUACGCAUACAGCGAUUUUGAAAAUAAUCAGCGGCUUCAUAGGUGCCUGAAGGGCGAAGCUCGGGAGACUGUGAAGUCCCUGCUUAUACAUCCCAGCAACGUCAAUAAUGUCAUUGAGCAGCUGAAAUUCAGGUUUGGCCGUCCUGAACAGCUGAUUCGUUCUCAGUUAGCGCAAGUAAGGGAGAUUGCGCCCAUAUCGGAAAGUGGAAUGGCGAAACUAGUGCCAUUUGCUACUAAGGUGAACAACAUGUUCAUCUUUCUACAAUCAGCCAUCGGAGGAGAACAACAUCUCGGCAACCCCACGUUGCUCGAUGAAGUCGUUAUGAAGCUACCGAUGAGCAAACGAGUUGAGUGGGCAACUUACGCAGCAUCCAUACAGCCGUAUGCUACGAUUAGACAGUUUAGCGAGUGGCUCACAAAACUCGCGAAUGUUAUCUCUGCAGUGUAUGAUGUCGAGUCAGUGCGAGACCCCAGACGCCGUGUCGUACUGCACACCGCCGAGCCGCACCGUCAUGUGAGAUGCCCAAUAUGCCAGGGUCCACACAAGCCAGCCGAGUGCAGAACGUUCAUCGAUCUCACUGUGUCGAACAGGUGGACCGAAGUAAAGAAACGCCGCCUGUGUUUCUCAUGCCUUAACGCCGGACAUGGAACUCGUAAUUGCCAGCGGCAAAAGCCUUGUGCCACAGAAGCGUGCAAAAGAAUGCACCAUAAAUUACUUCACGAAAGCGGAUGUAGGGUCAACAAUGUGGCCGCACAGAUUCACCAUCGUAAUAUGAGCAUGCCAGUAGCCGAACGCUCGCAUACUCAAGGUUCAUCGUAUUUACAACAACCAAGUGAUGCCGAUGCCGCAGUUCUCAGUUGCAGUCGCGGUUCCGCUGACAGCAAGCUAUUAUUUAGAAUUUUGCCAGUCGUGUUGUACAACAAACAUAAGCGCGUUGAAACAUACGCCCUAAUGGACGAAGGUUCGUCGAUCACAAUGAUCGACAAUACUCUUUUGCAGGAAUUGGGUGUGCAUGGCAGUGAACAGCGACUGAAUCUGCAAUGGUUCGGAGGGCGCGCGGCGCAGGAACCAGCCGUGGUAGUAGACUUGUUGGUCAGCGGCGCUGGCAUGCAGAAGCGAUAUAAAUUGCGAAGAGUUUAUGGAGUAUCGAAUUUGCAGCUUCCAUCGCAAAGCCUAAGUAAAGCGGAGUUGAGCUGUGAUGACACUCACGUAAGUAAGUUACCAAUACAAACGUACUCACAGGUCCGCCCUAAGUUGUUGAUCGGGCUGGAUCAUUGCCAUCUUGGUCUACCCUCGUCCACUUUGAAAAUGAAUAUGAAUGGCCCGUUUGCAGCGAGCACUGAGUUAGGUUGGGUGGUGUAUGGCCCAACUACAAACAAACAACGGUCGUUGCCGACAUGCUUGCAUGUGAACAGUCAGAGUGAUCAGUCAUUGCAUAGCUUAAUGGCCGAUUACUUUGACACCGAAAGCUUUGGGAUAAGGCCAUCACCCCCCAUCGAAAGUGAGGCUGAUGCUCGUGCGAAGAGAAUUCUCGAGAAGACUUCAUUCCGCGUCAAUGGGAGAUUUCAGACGGGUCUUUUGUGGAAGCAUGACAAGGUUGAGCUUCCUGAUAGCUAUCCCAUGGCGCUGCGGAGGCUUAGAGGUAUCGAAAAGAAAAUGAGUCGCGAUGGUGUGUUCGCUGAUGAAUAUAAACGCAUCAUAGAGUCCUACAUAGCUAAGGGUUAUGCGCGUAAGCUGUCACCAGCAGAUGCUGCCUUGUCGUCGUCGACAACCUGGUACUUGCCACACUUCGCCGUUGCCAACCCUAAUAAGCCGGGCAAGUUGCGAUUGGUUUUUGACGCAGCUGCUGAGGUGGGGGGUAUUUCACUCAAUACGCAUCUACUAAAGGGACCACAGGACUAAAAGUCG